AUCUCUUCAUACAAAACACUCUCUUCAUUUCGACUGUAAUUGUGCCAUUAUAAUCCGUGUGCAGUAAAACACGAUAAGAAUUAUCUGAAAUGACCAGAACUGGUUUCGCAAGUCAAGCGAUUAGUUUUGACAAAAAUUCUUUCCGUUUUCUAAAAUUGUUUGAGAACUUUAUUGUAUUCGGUCACUGCAACACAAUUAAACUCUAUUCAAAAUGUGGAAAGUUGUAUGUGCUGCUGUAGCUAUCUUAGUUGUACCAAUUUUCUGUGGUCCAAUCGAGGGCACUCAAAAGAAGAUAGCUUUUCAGAAAAUUUUGGAGGAUGUGUGGAGUGAGAAGUGUAGAAAUGUCUCCGGCGUUACCGUGGACUUUAAUAGAAAUGAACACCUCUAUGCGGAUUACAUAAGUUGUACCGUAACAGCGAUUACCAAAGACGAUAUGCGGAAAGAUAUCGCGUCAAUAUUUCCCGAAUUGGAUCUAAGCAAGAUGGACGACUUUCUUGUUUCCAAUCAGCAAAAAAUCGAUUUAGCUGCAAUGACAAGGAAAUAUUGUCCGAAAGUGGAUGCUUUUCUCGGCUGCAAAGACAUAUUGUGUCCCAUUCACAGCGAAUGUUACGACGACGAGGAAUUGAAAGGACAAAGUGUCGAAAGGGCGAUAUACCAAACGCUGAACCAUUACUUUUGCAGAAACGAAUCAGAUGAGGUGAAACGCCUUUUGGACGGAAAAGUGAUAGAAUGUGCGAUGGAGAAGAGAGACGAAAUUCUCGAGUGUUAUAAUGUUUUUGCGAUCAGCUUCUUAAAUAUGAGCAUGCCAGCUUCGAUAUUCAGUAUGUUGCCGAAAUCGGACCAUCUCCGCAGAUCCAUCGAAAGUCUUGGUCAAUGUUUAGUUCCACUAUUCGAUCAAUGUACAUUUUCUCAAAGUGUUGGAAACAUGGUAUCAUCACUGUUCAGAGAGAUCGAAGUGAAAGUGUUCACAACAGAAAUCCUAACUGAAACUGCAUGCGUUCGUCAUAUCAAUGCAAUAAAAUGAACUUGAACACGAUAAUUGGUUGAUGUGCUUGGAAUUUCAACAACAUUUUCUCGUGAUAUUGAGAGACGUUAAGUUUUGUUGUACGUGGCAUGGGAUAAAAUAUAGUUUGUUUACUCAGC